AUGAAAAACAAAGUUAAGUACACAGUCCACCACAGGAAGCUCACAUCUCUACCUCAUCAACCCUUCAACGAUUACCCGAAGGUUGUGAAAAUCACAGUGACUGAUCCAUGCGCCACCGAUUCCUCCAGCGACGAGGAGGAAAACGACACUUCUCCAGCGAAGAGAGUGAAACGUUACGUGGAAGUAAUCAGUUUCCGCGACGAAACCAAAGAAGCUACAAAACGUAAAAAACCGACGACGACGAACAAGGCGGUGGAGAACUCUAACGAUGGAUCAUCGGUGAAGCCUAUCAAGUAUAGAGGAGUGAGACGACGGCCUUGGGGGAGAUACGCUGCGGAGAUACGCGACCCUUCGAAACGAACUCGGCUCUGGAUUGGAACGUUUGACACGGCGGAGGAAGCUGCUAUUGUGAGACGACGGCCUUGGGGGAGAUACGCUGCGGAGAUACGCGACCCUUCGAAACGAACUCGGCUCUGGAUUGGAACGUUUGACACGGCGGAGGAAGCUGCUAUUGGUUACGACAAAGCCGCGAUUCGAAUCAAAGGACGUAACGCCUUGACGAAUAUUCUGACGCCUCCUUCUAGUCCGAUAACUCCGGUGAUCGACCUUGAAACGGUCUCACGUUGUGACUCGGCGAGGGAAGAAUCACAAUACAGCAUAUCUUCACCUACUUCUGUUCUACGGUUUACUCCCAAGGAAGAGACAGAGCCCAGCAAUCUCUUGUCGGCUGAGUCAAAGGCUGUCGAUGAAAAAAAUCCGGCGGGUUUUUCCUUACCGGAUCCGUUUUUCUUGCCUGAACUGUUUCCCGCCAGAGAUUGUUUAUGGGAUUCCGAUAUUACCCCUGAUCAUAUGUUUCUAGACGAUAUUCAGUUAUUACCGAACAAUAAUAUGUCGGAGAGUUUUCCUUUAGGUGUGAUCGGCGAUUUGAGCUCUUGCUCGUGGGAUGUUGAUGAGUUUUUCCUUUAG